AUGGUGGUUGAUAAUGAGUACUAUGAGCUGCUAGGUAUCAAGUCUACGGCUACUGCAGUGGAAAUUAAGAAAGCCUAUAGGAAGAAAUCGAUCGAAGAACAUCCCGAUAAAAAUCCUAAUGAUCCAAAAGCUACUGAAAGGUUUCAGGCGAUUUCUGAAGCUUACCAGGUGUUAAGCGAUAAUGAACUACGAGCCAAUUAUGAUAAAUUUGGUAAGGAGAAGGCAAUACCUAAAGGCGGCUUUGAAGAUGCGGCCGAGCAAUUUUCUGUAAUAUUUGGUGGAGAUGCGUUUGAACCAUAUAUUGGAGAGUUGACUUUACUUAAGAAUUUGCAACGACAAGAGGAGUUGCAAGCCCAAGAGGAUGCCGAAAAGGAGAAGGAGAAGAAGAAGGAGGAGCAACAACAAGCCGAAAGCAGGAAGGCAGCUGAAGCACAACCUUCUGAAGAAGCCUUGAAAGCCCGUAUGGAUAACUUGAAAUUGUACAACAAGGACGAAAAUGUGAAGGAGGCUUCGAAGAAGACAAAACUGGAGGAAUUUGAAGAACAGCUGAAAAUAGAGAAGGAGAAAAGCGUUGAAAUUCUCGCGAACAAGUUAAUAGAAAGGCUUUCAAUCCUAACUGAAAGUGUUUACGAUGACGCAUGUAAAGAUUCAUUUGCAAGGAAGUUCGAAGAGGAAGCAAACCUUUUAAAGAUGGAAUCCUUUGGAUUAGAUAUUUUGCAUACUAUAGGGGAUGUUUACUGUGAGAGGGCGCGGAUUUUUCUUGCUUCAAACACGGUGUUCGGUUUUGGAGGUAUGUUCCACUCAAUGAAAGCGAAGGGAGGCGUCUUCAUGGAUACACUCAGAACCGUGUCGGCAGCGAUUGAUGCUCAAAGCACCAUGAAAGAGCUGGAAAAGAUGAAAGGUGCUAGUGAAUCUGAGGCACCGCUACUCGAUAAAGAAGGUAACGUCAUUGCGAAACCUACAGCGGAGGAACUGGCUCAUCAGGAGCAACUAUUGAUGGGUAAAGUACUAUCUGCUGCAUGGUACGGCUCCAAAUACGAGAUAAUGUCUACUCUAAGGACCGUUUGCGAUAGAGUUACACAUGAUAAAACUGUCGAUAAAGAGACUAGAUUCAGGAGAGGAGAAUCCUUACUUCUUUUAGGAAAGGUUUUCCAAAGAGCAUAUAGAACGCCAGCUGAGCAAGAAGAAGCCCAAGUCUUCGAGCAGUUAGUGGCUGAAGCGACGAAAAAGAAGCGUCACAUUUGA